AUGACUAAACGUGCCCUAUCUUUAGACGAUCUUGUCAACCAUGACGAAGGUGAUAAGAUUAAAUUACAAAAGAUGAGUGAAAAUAUCAACAACACAACCAAUAAUUCAGUAGAAAAUGCGCAACCCGUACGAAAGACAUCAAUUGGUAUCGCAGAUAUUAAUAAUGCAGAAGAUACAGAUCCUAUUACAGGUACAAGUGAACCUUCAAGACGAGAUGAAAAAUUUAACAUGGGCCAGAACCGCAACAUAUUGAAUGAUGAUUCUACUAAUGUUACAAUACAUCCAACUGAUACUGAACCAGUACGAACAUCAUCUGUACCGUCAACGUCAAGUGUAGAAGUUCCACAGCCUAUAGAGAAACCUUCUGUGACUCAACACGAUGAUGAGACUGACACAGAUGAUGAACUAGGAGGUACAGGUGAAAUUAAUUUUGAUUCUGGAAUGACAUUCGAUUAUGAUAAACAAGAUAACAAUUCACCACAAAAGCCUCAAACAACUCGUGUUACUAAAGUUAAGAAACAAGAAGAUACUGAUAAAAAGAAACAGGAAGAUAUUCAAAAGAACAAAAAGGAAGAUAAUGAAGAAAAAGAACCGAAAUCAAAUGAAAGUGCAGACUCUACAACUGUUAAUGAAAAGGAAGAACAGGAAAAUUCUAUUCUUAAAAAGAAAAAUAAGAAGCCUGUUAAGGAGCAAAAGACAAAGGAACAACAAGAGUCAAUGUCUAAUAUUUUUGAAGAGAAAAGUUCUAAUAUAUCCAAAAGAAAUAACAUUAAAAAAGAUUUGGAAGUGCUGAAUGAAAUUUCUUCUGUAUCCAAACCUAACAAAUAUAAAAAUGUGCCUACAUGGGCUAGAAAGUGGAAACCGACAAUUAGUGCAUUACAAAGUAUCGACGCAUCUGAUUUUAAGAUUGAUUCAUCGUUUUUAAACAUCAUUCCAGAUGAUGAUUUGACCAAAUCUGUCCAAGAUUGGGUGUAUGCUACGGUGUAUUCCAUCGAGCCUGAACUCAGACAUUUUAUCGAAUUGGAGAUGAAAUUUGGUUUAAUUGUGGAGGCUAAAUCACCAGAGCGUGUUUCACCACCUAUCGCUUCUCAGGCUGUUUAUACAGAUUUGGAUGCCCAUUUAACACCAAAUGUGGACGAAGUGUUAUUUAAAGAAUUAAACAAAUAUAUUCGUGGUGUAAGUGAGAUGAAUGAAAAUUCUGGAAAAUUUAGCAUUAUUGAAUCACAAACAAAGGAUUCUGUAUACAGGGUUGGUCUUUCAACACAGAGACCGAGAUUUUUGAGAAUGAGUAGAGAUAUUCAAACAGGUCGUGUAGGUCAAUUCAUCGAAAAGAGACAUAUUUCUCAGAUCCUAUUAUUGUCGCCGAAGGAUAGUUACGAUGUGAAAAUAUCUUUGAACCUCGAAUUACCAGUACCUGAAAAUGAACCACCAGAGAAAUACCAGAAUCAAACUCCUGUUAGUGAGAGAAGUAAGGAUCGUGUCAGUUAUAUCCAUAAUGACUCAUGUACAAGGGUAGAUGUCACAACAGUUCAAAACCAUAAUCAAGGUGUAAAAGGAAGACAUACCGAGACAACAUAUGAAAUUGAAUUAGAAAUAAACACACCAGCACUUCUGAACGCAUUUGAUAAAAUCAAUGAUGAUAGUAAAGAGUAUGCUGCGGUAAUCAGAACUUUUUUGAACAAUGGUACUAUCAUCCGUAGGAAACUAACAUCUUUAUCCUAUGAUAUCUUUGAAGGUAAUAAAAAGUAA